AGUCGACCAAGCUACUCGGUACAUCGACCGCCAGUUUUCGGCUGUCACUCUGAGGGACGGGAAGGAUCAAGCUCUAGUGGGUGGUCAGUUCUGGUGGCUCCUUUGGUUGGGUGACCUCAUCCAAGACACUGCAUUACAUCUACUGCCUGCAUACCGACCUACAUCACAAGCUCUCUUACCACUGCUGCAUUAGUACAAGAGCAUCUCCUCCCACACCACCUCGACCUUCUCAUUCCACCCCGCGCUGCUGUCCCUCUGCCGCUCUCAGAACUUCUUCCACCCUUCAAAACGGCGCCAUCGGAUCGCACUCUACCUUUCUAUCUCGUCGCCUGGCUGCGCACUCUCUUGCGAGCUCCAGCCACCUUAGAAGCUCUGCGCCGCCAUGGCGUCCCGUAACGGUCUCUUCGGUCUUGUGUCGCUGGUCCUCCUCGCCGGCGGCCUCCUCUUCAUGUUCUUCAUCCUCCUCGCGGGCGCAGUCCAGCAUGGCCCUGUCAACAAAUUCUAUAUCCUACAAGCGGACACGGCCAAUAUACCAGGAGCUCCACCUGUGUCCCGAUGGUCAUAUUGGAACGUGUGCGGUGUUCGAAAUGGACGCACCCACUGCGGCAACCAGCACUAUUCAGAUGUCCACCCGGCCUUCCCACUUGACCCUGCGUCUCAUCGGACCUUUGACACGACGGUCAACGUGCCUCGAAACUUCGUCGACCGCCACGGCUACUAUUUCUAUAUGACGCGCUUCAUGUUUGCUUUCAUGCUCAUGGCUCUCUUCUUCGGCGUCAUGGCCUUGUUCACUGGACUGCUGUCCUUGUGCACGAGACUGGGCUCUUAUCUGAGUGGUCUCCUGACCAUGCUGGCCAUGAUCUUCCAGGCAAUUCAGGCAUCUCUUAUGACUGCCGCAUACGUCAAGGGGCGCAACAACUUUCGGAACAACGGUCAAUCCUCCGACAUUGGCGAGUAUGCCUUUGGGUUCGAAUGGGCAGCCUUUGUGUGCUUCUUCAUUUGCACCAUCCUCUUCUGCAUGGGUGGGUCGUCACGGCGCGAGCCCCGAACAACCAAACGACGAGGAUUUACGUUCCGAGGCCGAAGGAGCAGGAGCACAAGGAGUCGAGGCAGCUUCGUUCACGACAAGGAGUACGGAUCAUAAAACCAGCAGUCCUCCAGGAUGGAAGAGGAGAUGGUGAGAGAGUGAUUGAGGUGAAAUACGAGUGAAGAGCCCGUCAUUGUACAGACCUUUUUUGUUUGGUUUGUCCCCGCCCAGAAUGUGCAUGGGUCGCGGGAUGCGGAGUUUGGGAGAACGUACACAAAAUCACCCAGAUGAGAAAAUGUCUUGGUGUUGACGACCUUUGUCAUGAUAUUACACAGAUCAAACGGGUAGUGUCUAUUUUAAUGUUAUCUGACAGUUCCAACCAGAUGCCCGAUCGAAGAACUCUUGACUUUCGCCUUGGUGUUGAACGGUGUCUGUGAGGGCUCGCGCGAAAGAUGGCUGGAUUGGCCUGUGUCGGGCAUCGAGGCCAAGUCGAUCCGCUUGGAAACUGUGCCACUUGACUCUU